AUGUUGAGUAAGCUUCUUUUUGUGAGCUUUAUUCUGCAAUUAGCCCAGGCGGUCCAAGUAGUAGAAGAAGCAAAAGCAGCGGUCUCUGCCCCAACGCCGUGCGACGCCGCAGACCCCGGCGCGACAAACUGCGCCGCCGGCAAGUGCGACGUGACGAUCAAUGGCAAAACGUACUGCUCCAAAUGCAAGAGCGGGUAUGUCCCGGUCAACGGCGCCUGCACGCAGCAGGCCCAGGCAAACAUGUGCACGCCUGGGUCGGGAAGCACAGAUGGAACCUGCACGGCGUGUACCCAGACGCAGAAGCUCUACAAGGGCGGGUGCUACGAUAACUGCCCGUACGGCGACGGAUCGGCUCCGAACACCUGCGCGGACGCGCCUGCUGGCUGCGAUCUUCCUAACUGCAAAUCAUGUCCCGACGGCACGUGCACAGAGUGUAACGAUGGAUUUGUUCUAGGUGAUGAUAAAAAGUGCGUGCCUUCUAGCGCCAACAAGAGCGGCCUCUCCACUGGCGCCAUCGCUGGCAUCGCUGUGGCCGCUGUCAUCGUCGUCGGGGGCCUCGUCGGCUUCCUCUGCUGGUGGUUCCUCUGUAGAGGCAAAGCGUAG